AUGCUAGCUGAAGCCAGUGUCCUCCAUGGCAACGCUGGAUUUUUUUUAUCGGAGUUUCAGGCGCAUGAGGGGCAGGAUGAUGUCCGCAAGGCCAUCUGGUAUAUUGUCGCGGCAUAUGCUCUGACCACAGCGUGCGCCGGUGACGAGGUAGCCAACCUAUACCGCCUAGUCACCGCAGACCUCCCCUUAGAGAGUAGGAAAAUCGUCCAAAGGAGGAUAAAGGAGGCGAUCCUGAAAGACUCCAUCCUGGUCGGCGUCCCACGUGCCGCCCAGGCUCAGGGUCCUCUGCUUCGGGCAAUUCCGGAGGACGAGGGCGAUGUGUACUCCCCGAGAACCGAGAAAGCGGAGUCCCGUGAUUGCGAGCGCGAGAGAGCUGAGAAGGCGGCGCGGUACAUUGGUGUAUUGUGGGGUGGUGCCGAGGCCGCGCAGCAGGUGCGGGAGAGGCUGGCGAAGAAUUAUCCGGAUUACUGCCAGUAA